UUAUCCAUCUGCCUAGUUCUCAGCAUCUUUCUCCCUCUCUCUCUAAAAGUCUAUCCAUCUGCUUAGUUCUCAGCAUCUUUCUCUCUCUCUCUAAAAGUCUUGGAUUGAAAGGACAAGUCUUAGCUGGCUCUCUUUAGAAUAACGCGUUUUUCCCUUUGUCCCCACACGUUUUCCAAUCUUUCUCUUCUCUCCAUUGCAAAAUUCAGAAGAGUUUUUAGUAGAGUUUUUAACCCUUCUCUCUCUCUCUGUCUUUCUCUCUCCUCUCCCCAUAUUGCCACCUCACUCUUUUCUUACAAUUCAAGUUUCUUUCAUCCUUUCUUGAUCACUCAUCACUUGCCUUGUUUUGGAAAGAUUCCUCCUUCUUUUUUCUUUACCAAUUGUGGCCUGUUUCUUGAUAAGUGAUCACUUGCCUUGUUGUUUUGGGUUCUUGGUCUUCCUAUAUAAAGAUAAAGAUUCCAUCUUUUUCAUCAAUUUUAAUUGGGGACUUGUUUCUUGACCAGUGAUCACUUUGCCUUGUUGUUUUGAGUUCUUGGUCAUCGUCUAUAAAGAUAAAGAUUCUAUCUUUUUCAUCAAAUUUAACUUGGGACUUGUUUUUAUGGCGUAUCAGAUGAGCCCAAGUGGUAGUAGUGGUGGUGGGUCGGGUUCGCCUUUUGCGGGUCGGGGCCCGUAUGGGGUUGGUGAUACGACUUAUACUAAGGUUUUUGUUGGUGGGUUGGCUUGGGAAACAAAGAGUGAUUCUCUGCGCCGUUAUUUUGAGCAGUUUGGUGAUAUUAUUGAAGCUGUUGUUAUUACUGAUAAGCAUACUGGUCGCUCCAAAGGCUAUGGCUUUGUGACAUUCCAUGAUCCUGAAGCGGCUUGGAGGGCUUGUGCCAAUCCUAAUCCAAUCAUUGAUGGUAGAAGGGCUAAUUGCAACUUAGCUUCACUUGGGCGACCUCAAGGACUCUCACCUUAUGGACGUUUGAGAUCGCCAAUGCCCUACAUGGGAAAUCAACAAGCCCCAAGGGGUAUGUAUAUGGGGAGCCCCUAUUACCAGCUACCAGUUCCUUACAACUAUCAGCCUGGAUUCUCAUAUCCUCCAUUUAGGUUUCCUGCAUAUGGGCCAGACUACGUUUACCCACAGAUGUAUGGGGUACCAAGUAGUGUUGGCACAAAUGCAUUGCAAUAUGGCCAACUUGGUGUGCAACCUGGUGGUCCUGCGUAUGCGUUUCGUGGUCAUGUGAUGCCAGGUCCUCAGAUGUUUCAAUAUCAGAGACCUAAUACUAGCGGAAAUACGACAGACAAUGCUCCUCUGUUGCAGCUACCAUAUCAUUCAGUGAAGGUGCUUGAUUACCCUAGUUCUUCAGGCAUCAGUAUGCCGUCUCCCCGCCAGUCGCAGACUGCAGUACAAGCUCGCCCACCACAAUUCACUCAGAGCAGUGGCUCUGACCAAAUGGCAGGUUGAAUGGUCUAACUGGAUGUAUUAUGGAUGAAUUCAAGGAAUUGGCUCGCUGUUAUUUGUGUGGUAGACUUGGAACAUGACCUUGAACGUCAGAUGGGAGGCAAACAGAGGUCUUCCAAAGUCAUGGCCACCAAGAACUCGAGGGAAUCACUUGUAAGAUACCAAGCAAUUCAGAUAACCAUAUCAGAAAUGAGCAAGUGCCUGGACCGCUCUUUCGCAGUCUGUAUAUACAAUCCUGCCAGGACUUCAAGUCACUGAUUCAUUUAAGUAUAUAAUUCAAUUGAUUGCGGGAAGAUGGUCUCCGCAAUCAAGUUUAGGAGAAUCAAGAUAUGAUUCUUUAUAUAGACCUGUGUCAUCCUGGUCUAUAGGUGUACACUUCUCUUCGAUGUCCAUUUGAUGUGUGCUGUCUUUUACUUAUUUUUCUUUUUGGUGGUCCGAUCUCUUUAGGCUAGGGGAUCAUAUAGAGGUCUUCGCUUUCACCUAUGAACUACUAUUUUAUAGGACCUAUUCCUUUUCA